AUGGCAAAGUCUUCAGUAGUGUUGAGUUUUCAUGAAACUCUACUGCAUCAAUCUGAUGUUGCACUUUUGGAUGGGCCAUAUUGGCUCAAUGAUACUAUUAUUUCCUUUUAUUUUGAGUACCUAGAAAGAGUCAUUUUCAAUAAAGCAAGCAACUUAUUAUUUGUUUCACCUGAAGUAACACAGUGCAUAAAAAUGGUUCAACCUGAAGAAAUAAACAUAUUCUUGGAACCACUCAAUAUAACUAUGAAGCAAUUUAUCUUCUUUGCAUUAAAUGACAAUAACUCGCCAGAUAUGGCUGGAGGCUCGCACUGGAGUCUUCUUGUUUACUCUAAAACAGAGGGUUGUUUUUUUCACCUUGAUUCAUCAUCAGGAAGUAACCAUAGUGCAGCAUGGGACUUUGCUAGUCAUUUGAUGUCAUACUUGGCUAAUAAUGGUACUAUUAACUUCAUUGAUAAGGAAUGCCAACAACAAAGCAAUGGUUAUGACUGUGGGAUACAUGUCAUAUGCAACACUGAGAGACUUGCUCAUUGGGCUUGCAGUCACGGAGAAAUAGGCUCUUGUAAUAUGCUUGUAAAAAUAAAUCCCAACUUGAAACGAAAGGAAAUAAUGAAUAUUAUACAAAAAUUGGCAAACACUAAAUAA